AUUCAACUGCUCUCUCUUCUUCUUCAUUGGACUGUACCCAAAAAGAAAAAAAGGCAGAUCACGGAAGAGCAAGGGAGAUACUGCGGAAAAAGGGGAAGAAAAUGUGUGGGAUUUUUGCGUACUUGAAUUAUAACGUCAACAGAGAACGCCGUUACAUCUUGGAAGUGUUGUUUAAUGGCCUGCGCCGUCUGGAGUACAGAGGCUAUGAUUCCUCCGGUAUCUCCAUUGAUUCUUCUUCAUUCAAAACUCCGGCAGGCUCCGGUUCGAACUCGAAUUCCAAUGUUGCCCCUCCUCCUCUUGUCUUCCGGAAAGAAGGGAAGAUUGAAUCUCUCGUCAAAUCCGUUUACCAAGAGGUUGCUGAGACAGAGUUAAAUUUGGAAGAACCAUUUGCUAUUCAUGCUGGCAUUGCACACACUCGAUGGGCUACGCAUGGUGAGCCAGCUCCAAGAAAUAGUCACCCUCAGAGCUCUGGUGCUGGAAAUGAUUUUCUUGUUGUCCACAAUGGCAUUAUCACGAAUUAUGAGGUACUAAAAGAGACCUUAGUUCGACAUGGGUUCACCUUUGAAUCUGAUACAGAUACGGAAGUCAUUCCAAAGCUUGCUAAAUUUGUUUUCGACAAAGCAAAUGAAGAAGGUGAUCAAAGUGUGACUUUCAGUCAAGUUGUGCUCGAAGUGAUGCGGCAUUUGGAAGGAGCUUAUGCUCUUAUAUUCAAAAGUCGACAUUAUCCAAAUGAAUUAAUUGCUUGUAAACGUGGUAGUCCAUUGCUCCUUGGUGUAAAAGACCUUGAAGAUGAGGGCAGCAUCGGAGCAUCAUUUAAUGAUGCAAAAUUUCUUUCAAACAAUCAGCAACCCCGGGAAUUGUUUUUUGCAAGUGAUGCAAAUGCACUUGUUGAACACACAAAAAAGGUUUUGGUAAUCGAGGAUGGGGAUGUUAUUCAUCUAAAGGAUGGAGGUGUGUCUAUUUUUAAGUUUGACCAUGCCAAGGGUAGAUGUGGUGGCACUCUUGCUAGGCCUGCUUCUGUUGAGUGUGCAUUAUCUGUUCUUGAAAUGGAGGUUGAGCAAAUAAAUAAGGGGAAGUAUAAGCAUUACAUGCAGAAAGAGAUUCAUGAGCAACCAGAAUCUUUAACUACGACAAUGAGAGGGAGGCUAAUACGUGGAGGGGCAUGCAAAUCCAAGACUGUGCUUUUAGGUGGACUGAAAGAUCAUCUAAAGACUAUCAGGAGAAGCAGAAGGAUUGUCUUUGUGGGCUGCGGCACAAGUUAUAAUGCAGCUUUAGCGUCAAGACCUAUUGUGGAAGAACUUUCUGGUGUUCCGGUUACGAUGGAGGUUGCUAGUGAUUUAGUGGAUAGGCAGGGGCCAAUAUACAGGGAAGACACAGCUGUUUUUGUCAGUCAGUCUGGUGAAACUGCUGAUACUUUACAGGCAUUAGAUUAUGCUUUAGAAAAUGGUGCAUUGUGCGUUGGAAUCACAAACACUGUAGGAAGUGCGCUUGCUAGGAAAACCCACUGCGGUGUGCAUAUUAAUGCUGGUUGUGAAAUAGGUGUGGCGAGCACUAAGGCAUACACCAGUCAAAUUGUAGUUAUGGCAAUGUUGGCCCUUGCUGUUGGAGGAGACAUGAUUUCAAAUGAAGCAAGGAGAGAAGCAAUAAUAGAUGGUCUAUUAGACUUGCCGAGCAAAGUGAAAGAGGUUCUCAAGCUGGAUGAGGAAAUGAAAGAUCUUGCUGAGCUGCUCAUUAAUGAACAAUCACUUCUUGUAUUUGGAAGAGGAUAUAAUUAUGCAACAGCUCUAGAAGGCGCCUUGAAGGUAAAGGAGGUUGCUCUUAUGCAUAGUGAGGGAAUUCUUGCAGGUGAAAUGAAACACGGACCUUUAGCUUUAGUGGAUCACAACCUUCCAAUUGUUGUGAUUGCUACUCGUGAUGCUUGUUUCAGCAAACAACAAUCAGUCAUUCAGCAACUUCAUGCUAGGAAAGGUCGACUAAUAGUUAUGUGCACGAAAGGAGAUUCUGCAUCUGUAUCAGUUGGUGGAUCUUGUCGAGUAAUUGAAGUUCCUCAUGUUGAGGACUGUCUCCAGCCUGUACUUAAUGUAAUUCCAUUGCAGUUGUUGGCCUACCAUCUAACUGUUCUACGAGGUCACAAUGUUGACCAGCCCCGAAAUCUUGCAAAGAGUGUGACAACCCAAUAGGAAAGCAGCUUAGAAAAUUCCGUGGGCAUCUGAAUUCUUAAGCUUCAUGAUCAGACCGGCUGAUCCAGACUUUAUUCUCAUCUUGGCUGACCCUGUCUCUUGCAUAUACCUUUUCUCCUUUCUUUAUUGCUGGACAGUGCGGUCUAUGGCGUCUCAUUUCUUUUGCACAGAUGAUUUGACUUGCUGUUAGGAAAGCCCCAUGUACUCUCCUUGUAUGAUGCAGCAAAGAUAGUUUGUCUACUAGAAGUUCCUUUUCCAUUCCCCAGGGAAGAAGAACUUUUUAAUUUAACUUUGUUCGGAGUCCUUGGUUUUAGUUUGUGUGGAUGGUAGGUGCAAACCGGGUUGUAAAAUCUCAACUUUCUAUGUAAAAUAUCUUGAGAAGCUUAGCAAGUUUUACAUGUUUUUUUGAUCAUUCGUGAAAGACUUGAUGAUCAAGGUGGAGAUAAUGCUCGUGUGAUUGUAUAGUUUCAAGUCCACAAGUAAUGCUGCUUGUUCGUUGCCCA